UCGACCUCAAAAGAUCAACCAGAACCGCAGACUGCAAAGAAGGACACCUUUGCGGAGAUGUUAGUGAGCCCAUCCUUCACUCUGACACUUACUGACCUAGCCUCCGAGGUUGCUCCCACUUUACCACGGGCCUCAGGUCACUGUCCGGCUCGGGCCUACUGGUCCGACCUACAUGUUGUCCAAAGCUCUUCUGUGCAAGAAGUCUACCUAUUUCUUGAAGAUGUUCGAGGGCAAUUACGCCGAAGCGAGCACCUCCUACGUCACCCUCCAAGAAGAUGCCACCACCUUUAAGCCAAGCUUUGAGCUCUUCAUCGAAUGGCUGUACCUUGGCAAGUUCACUCUGCCGGAGGAGGACCGCGCCAGCCAUAUCUCCUGCCUUUUGAAUCUGGCCCGGUUCGCCGACAUGAGUGUUAUCGAUGAGUUGACCGACCUCGUGGCUAGGAGCAUCGAGCAGAUUAUCACGGAGGACCCGGAUGUCAAGAAGAAGCGCGAGGCUCCAACCGUCUCGAAAUACGGCACUUCCAACGUCAGGCAUCUUACUACCAGGCAUGUUAAAAUGGUAGGAGGAUUGCCGACGGGGAACGCCGUACGUCGAGUCUUGAUUAUCGCACUGGUGGAACCGUAUCUGAGAGCCGAAUGCUUUAUACCUACGUUCGCGGACAGGAUUGUGCAGUACCCGAAUCUCGCAUUCGAUCUCCUUACUGAAGUCAGACAAACUAUGCUUGCGGCUGUGCCGCGUGCCGGAAAGAUCUGGAUCAAGGACCCCCUUACGCAGAUAGAGGUCUCUUUGAAAUAACCCGACAUGGUGAUGGCACAGAUGUGCCAGUUGUGACAAAAGAGAUGGGUUCUGCCUCUACAAGCAGGAGUGCCGGCGGCAGAACCCGGUUGUAUGUUGGCAUGGAAAGAUGAAAAAGCAAGGGUCCUCUAUUGAAAAAGCAUAAGUGGCUGUGGCCGCAUAGUAUAGCAGAUCGCAAGAUGUA